AUGGAGAAGGAGGAGUGUAGUAAGGGCUGGGAAAAAGCAAAAGAGGUGGUUCUAGAUUUGAAAGAAAACACUACAGGAGAAAGAGGUGCUCUCGUUAGCAAAUUAUUGACUGGGAAAAACCUCAAGAAGGGCGUGGUGACAUCCAUGAUUAAAAAAGGGUGGAACAUGGAGGAGGGGGUGACGAUACAUGAUACGGAUAAACUUGCGUUCUCAUUUCGCUUUGAUCGUGCAGGGGAUUACACCAGAAUUCUCAAAGGAAGACCAUGGUCUAUUCAGGGGCAGCUAUUAAGUCUGCAACCGUGGGAGGAUUUCAUGGUCUUUAAAGAAGUGGACUUUGACUGGAGUCCAUUCUGGGUGCAGUUUCAUGGUCUACCACUAGAAGCCAUGACUCAGAAUAAUGCCAUAAACCUAACGCAAGCGGUGGGCGAGGCCGUAAUGAUAGAACAUCCGAUGGUCCAUAAUCAGCUUUCCAGAACGUUCAUACGAACCAAGGUUCUCAUCAACACCCGAAAACCUUUAAUUUCGGGCUUCUGGACGCCUAGACCGGGUAAAGACCCAGUGUGGGUUGGGGUGAAAUAUGAGAGACUUCAAUCUUUCUGCUAUCAUUGUGGUUGA